CCCAUCAUCUUCAAUGCGUAAUUCGUCGACUUUCAUACAUUCUAAUUUAUAAUAAAAAUCUGAUGUGAUUCCCAAUUUGGCACUGUCCUUCUUUGUUGAACCUUUAUUCCAAAUCCUCUAAUUCACUCCAUUUUUUAGUAAGCUAACCAAAUGGAAACAAGCUAAAGCUAUGCUCCCACGCUGCUGUACCGUCUACCUAGCCUCCCGCCAAAAGGAAAGAAAUUGUUGAAAGGAAAAAAAAGUUUCCAAACACUCCCACGGACCAUAGCUGUAUUGGACAAAAGUGGACGGAAGAAUAGUGUCAAAAGAAAAAUUCUAUGGAUAGGGACGUAGGGAAAAAGCAAAAUCAAAACACCUUUCUUACUCUUACUGUGUUGUACUGUUCAUAAUGAAGGAAAGAAGUUGCAGUUCUUCCCACAAUUUCAGUGCGUUUCCAAGCCCUGGAGUCCCAAAUUACUGGGAAAUCAAUGUCAUGAACCAAAGGGGUUGCAGCUCCGAGAGAAUACCUCACCCUAAUAGUAACUCUCGGCGGAGAAAUGCUUCUGUCGCGGCCUUGACGCCUUUUUACGGUAGGACAUUGCCCUCCAAAUGGGAGGAUGCUGAGCGAUGGAUUAGUAGCCCUGUUAUGGGCAAUGGGUUCAGCAGAAGUUUGCAGUCUCACCUACAGAGAAGACCCAAGUCAAAAAGUGGCCCCAUUGGGUCGCCUGGAGUUCCUAAUUACUCCAAUUAUUCACCUGCAAUUCCAACGCCCGAGAAUGGGGGUUUCGCCGCCUCCAAAUUAGGCUCUGCUCUUUCCACUGGAGUAUUAGUGGCCGAUGGGGUUUCCAUCUGCUAUGGCGGAACCAUUGAAAGGGGACAAUCUUACCCAGAGCAUACCAUUCAACGGUUAGUAUCAGCACCCAGAUGGUCAAAUAUACUGAGCGAGUCGCCACUGCCGAGCUUCCAAGAUGAAAAUUUUGGUUGUUCCGAAGAGACAAUGGAUUCAGCUGUUGUUUCACAAAGGAAUAUGGCAACCCAAAUGAGCAGUGAAGAUUUCACUCCUUCAUCUCCUCAAGGGAAUGGUUCGAUUUCUUCUUCAUCCCCUCCUUCAACACAUCAAUCUAUGGUUGGAAAAGAGAGUGACCAUUGUUCUAAACAAGAGGUGAGAGAUGUUGAGGUAGAUAAGGGAGCCAUGAUGCAGAGAUCCAAAGGACAUAAACUCAGAUUGAACGAGGAAAACUUUCCACACCUUGAAAACUUGGAUGAAAACGUUGUGGAAGCUGGAGCUUCAACUCUGGAUAUUGCAGAGGCAGCUAUUCAGGUUUCCAAAUUGCAGAGAGAAGAGGCCAAGAUAACAGCAUGGGAGAAUUUGCAGAAGGCGAAAGCUGAAGCUGCAAUUCGCAAACUCGAGAUGAAACUUGAAAGGGCAAGAUCGUCAUCAAUGGAUAAGAUAUUGAAGAAGCUGAGGAAAGCACAGAUGAAAGCACACAAAAUGAGGAGCUCACCUGCAGCCGAUCGAAACCAGAGAGUUUGUAACACUAACAACUUUCUCCCAUUUCACAGGCACAUUUGGAUUGGUUCUCUCAAACGUUGGUUCAUCUGCCAUGCUUCCUGAUUUCUCAGGGUAGCAUAUGAUGGUUUCGUCUUAGAAAUUUACAGUAGCUUAGUUUGGUCGGUUCUGCGUCAUUGUAGAUCUUGCGCUGUACACUUGUUCUAGAAGAAAUAAUAAUGGCUGGCUUAUGGCUGUUAAAUAUUGAUGUACCUCAUGGUUUGAAUUGCCACCCAAUGUGAUAUCAGGUUUGUAGAAAAAGGGUUAAAGAGAGGACUGUCCAGAAAUGGUUGAGACA